GAGCGGUUUUCUCCGCUGAACGCACCCUAUGAUAGGAUACAUCGCGUAUGCAUUCAUACACUUGACGAUUCUUGACAACAAACCAAUGAUAUCGGAUGUUUUUUAGCGAUUUGGCUGUUACGAGCGAUACAAAAAAGACGAAUUGGCAUUUGAUAUCGACUCGCGUUAGCGACUUAAAAAUGUCAUCGUCAAUAUGACGUAUAUAUAGCAAAGUGAUCAAGAGAGAGAGGCUAGACUUUCAGCCGAGUAUAAUCUUUGGAAAAAGAUAAUAUGGAUUUAACCGCUACAAAGGAUCAAUAUGGAGAGACUGAGAGCAAUUCUUCAGAUUUUUUCUCAACGAAGCACGAAUGGACAUGGGAUGAAAAACUCUCGUCUUCGUCAAUUAGAUUGUCGGAAUAUAAUUUGAAUGUCAAAUUUCAUCCUGUAUAUAGUACUGGUACAGCAGUGGUAAGGGGUAACAAACCACUGGAGAAUGGGAGACACCAUUUCUGGGAGAUUUUGAUGGUAACGCAAAUAUAUGGCACAGAUGUGAUGGUCGGUGUGGGAACUGCAAGUGCAGAAAUUAAUAAUGCAGGUGAGAUCUUUUGCGCUUUGCUUGGGCGAGAUCGAGAAUCUUGGGGUUUUUCAUAUAAGGGAUACUUACAGCAUGAUGGUCAGACCCAUAAGUACGGAACCACUUUUGGUCAAGGUAGUUUAAUAGGAGUACACCUUGACACUUGGAGUGGAACGUUACAAUUUUUUCUUAAUCGAAAACCUUUAGGUAUUGCUUUUACAAGGUUGAACAAUGUUACACUUUAUCCACUAAUAAGCUCUACAAUGGCUCAAUGUGUAAUGAAGUUGACUUACAGCUGUUCAAUACCUGUAUCUCUGCAGACUACAUGCUUAGCAAUCUUGUCACCUCUGCAGCGGAUGUAUCUAUCGAAAACAUUUCCUGGUUUACGUCAUCUUUGUCAAAAUAUCUUUGCUGAUAUUCUGCAGAAACAUAUUGAUUACGACGAGGAUAUAAAUUUGCUCACAGAGCAUGUUAUCUUGGAUGAUUUCGAUUAUGCUCUUAUAGGACUUGGAAGGAAAAGAAAGCGAAUUAACAAUAAAUUCACAUUUAUCUCUUCAUCGUGCAAUGAGUCAUUAAAAUGAUUAUAAAAAAAAAAAAAGAAAAAAUCCUGCCAAUAUCAUG